GUCCAAGUGUGAAGCAUCUUUGUGAGCACAACAGCCAGAAGAGGAGCAAGGAGAAAGACCAGUGAGAAGUGGGGCUGCAGACAUCGAGAGAAGAAGGUUUCCUCCUCCUCACCUGGGGGGGGGGGGCUCCAUGAAAGAAGCCAUGCCGGUGCUCACAGCAGGAGCAGGGCUCCACGAGACGUUGGCCCUGCUCACCUCGCAGCUCCGGCCCGACGCCAACCACAAGGAGGACAUGGUCUUCCUCAAGGACGUUUUCAGCGAGAGGAGCUUGGCGUACCUCAUGAAGAUCCACGAGAGGCUGAGACAGUACGAGAGACAAAGUCCGACUCCUGUCCUCCACAGUGUCUCUUCACUAGCUGAAGACGUGAUGGACGAGAUCCAGAGUCGCCCGAUGAGCACGGAGGAGCGGGAGCUGCUGCAUCUGCUCACAUCACCCCAUUUCAAGGCUCUCCUUUCCGUCCACGACACGGUGGCCCAGAAGAGUUUCGAUCCGGUUCUGCCGCCGCUGCCCGACGACUACGAUGAUGAGCUGGAGGAGGAGUCGGUGAAGAUUGUGCGUCUGGUGAAGAACAAGGAACCUCUGGGGGCCACCAUCAGGCGGGAUGAGACCACCGGAGCUGUAAUUGUGGCUCGGAUCAUGAGAGGAGGCGCAGCGGACAGAAGUGGUUUGGUACAUGUAGGCGACGAACUCAGAGAAGUCAACGGCAUCUCGGUGGUCCACAAGAGGCCCGACGAGAUCAGUCAGUUGCUGUCACAGUCGCAGGGCUCCAUUACUCUGAAGAUUAUCCCCGCUGUUAAAGAAGAAGACCGACUGAGGGAGAGCAAGGUGUACGUGAGAGCCUUGUUCGACUACAUUCCGUUAGAGGACAAGGCCACUCCAUGCCAAGAGGCCGGACUUCCAUUCAAGCGAGGCGACAUCCUCCAGAUAGUGACGCAGGACGACCCCACGUGGUGGCAGGCCAAGCGCGUGGGAGACAGCAACCUGCGCGCCGGACUCGUUCCAUCCAAACACUUCCAGGAGAGGAGACUGGCCUACAGGAUGAAAGUGGGCACACUUCCAAAUCCCAAGUCCCCCAAAACUCCUUCCUAUGACCAAGCGUGCGAUAAAGACGACUGUGACUGUGAGGGCUAUUUCAAUGGACAGUACAUAGCCGGUCUGCGCAGGAGCUUCCGGCUGAGUCGUAAAGACCGACAAGGCUCCUCGAGUGAUGGUUCCGACCCAGGAGAUUCUGAGUUCUUGACCUACGAAGAGGUGACCCGCUACCAGCAGCGGCCCAACGAAAGGCCCCGGCUUGUGGUUCUGAUUGGUUCUCUCGGUGCACGGAUCAAUGAACUCAAGCAGCGGGUGAUUGCCGAGAACCCACAUCGCUACGCGGUGGCGGUACCUCAUACCACCAGGCCCAAGAAAGCUCACGAGAAGGAAGGUGUGGAGUAUCACUUUGUCACCAAGCAGCAGUUUGACGUCGACGUCCUCAACAACAAGUUCAUCGAGCACGGCGAAUAUAAGGAGAACCAGUACGGCACCAGUAUUGAGGCAAUCCGCUCCGUGCAGGCCAAGAACAAAAUGUGCAUUGUAGACGUCCAGCCUGAGGCCUUGAGGAGGCUGCGGACGGCGGAGUUCAAGCCCUACGUGGUUUUUGUCAAACCGCGGGUUCCUGAAAGCAGACGGCGUCGCACUACCGCCUCCUCGCCGGGAGGUGCGGAGCAAGGCCGCGUUUCGGACGAGGACCUCCAGGAAAUGCGCCAUUCUGCCAUCCAGAUGGAUCAGCAGUAUGGACAUCUGGUAGACCGGGUCCUGAUCAAAGAGGACUCAGCCAGUGCCUGCACCGAACUGCAGAGUAUUUUGGAAAGACUGGAGCGUGAGUGUUUCUGGGUGCCUCUCAGCUGGGUUCGGACUUAAAAAAACGCCUCAAAACCUCCAUCCUUCUGACCCUCAACAUAACCUGAGGUUCUGCUGCACUUCCCAUCCCGCACUCGGUGGGGAACUGAGUCCAUAUCACAAAAAAUGGGCAAAUUCCUGAAUGCCACAUUUAUCAGGUCUGCUUCGAAGAGUCGCUUGAGUUCUCGCUGCCUGACUUGGUCAGUUUUACGGCGACUCCCGUCGGAGUCCGUUCAAGUAGCAUGUUUUGUCAUGAAUACAAAUCACAGAAUGCUUCCCAGAAACCGAACAACUCAACAGAAUGUGACGUUUAUUUUUCCACGAGCUUCUUUUCAAGGAACUGCAUGUCCACUUGCGUAUUUAAUGUAAAUAAUGUAGAUGUGAGUCCUGGUGUGCCAACGAAUGGAACUAGUUGACCUUGGACCCCCUUGGAUCCCGCACCUGUUUGUGUGGGUCGGUGAGUAUUUUUUGGGGGAAUUUAUUUUCAUAUUUUACUUGAACAGAGAGCCGCAGCUCUCACAUUCAGAGAAAUGCUAAUGCUAAAUGCUCAUUUAAAAAGUGCUGACUGCAUUGCAUCUUGUCUUAAUAACUAAUAAUUGUGGCUGUCCUGCAGAUGAUACGUUUUUAAAGAUUGUUAUAUGUUGGUUUGGUUUGACAAGACAUCAAAUAAUACUCAUGGUAGGAAGAUGGGAAAAAAAAGAUGAACUGGAUUCUUAUUUUUGCUUGCUAGGCUAAUUAGCUCAAUGGGAAAAAAAAAAAAACAACUUUCACGGCAAAUGUAACGUUUGUUUCGAUGUUCGAAGGCUGUUUGACGGCCGGCACAAGUGUCAAUGUCAAACUCAUUUGUAAUGCGUAAAUAUGUAAAAAAAAAAGUGCCAUAAUAAAAAAAUAAUA